UUUGGGAAAGAAUGCAGAGAAGUAUGCAAAAAGGUGAUUCCAUUCCAUGCUUGACUGCUUGAGAGUUGAAGCUGGGGCCAGAAUUUUCUUUGUUUGCUGGCUGGCUUGGUGACUGGUGAGUUGGUGUAAUCACAUUUUAGCCUAUUUGUGGGAGAUGCGUGUGGUGAGCACGAAAAUUUCGCACAAUUGGGUCCCGCCGAUUCCUCCGCCCAUACAUUGAAUCUGCAGCGUCUCCCAAUUUUGCCUUUUUUCCUUUCUAUUCUACUGUACACCAAACACCUUCUUCUUCUUUCUGCUUCUUCUGGAAUCUGGAAUCUUGGCUGAAAAUUAUGGGAAUAGUGAAGUGAAAUGGAUUGAUUUUUCAUGAAUUGGGGAGUCAAAAACUGGUUCUUUGAAGUAAAUGCUUUUCUUUUGGACAAGGGUUUAGUGCUUAUGAACUAGGGUAUAGGGAAAGAAAUAGUUUUUAGCUGAGGAAUGGAAGGAAAUUUAUCAUCAGGGAAUAUGAUGACUGGCAAUGGUUCUUACCCAAAUAUGGAUUUGCAAGGUUCAAUUAGGGUUCAUCAUCAUCAACCCCAACAGGUUGGGCUUCAUCAACAACAGCAUCACUCUCUUCCUAGACAAGGGUCAAUGGUUCGCCCCCCAAUUCAUGAGAGUUUUCCCCUCUCCAUUGGUGGUCCACAAGGUUGUAAUAAGAAUAUUUCUUGGAAUGACUAUGGCAGAGGUGAGGGGGUUAAAUCUGCAAGUGAUGAAGAGGAGCCUAGCUUUGCAGAGGAUGCUGCUGAGGGCUACAAUGAUCAGAAUAGGGGGAAGAAGGCACCCAUGUGGCAUCGUGUGAAAUGGACUGACCAGAUGGUGAGAUUGCUAAUUACUGCUGUUUCUUACAUAGGUGAGGAGGCAGCUGCAGAACACAGUGGAAGGAGAAAAUGCUCUAAUUUGCAUAAAAAAGGGAAAUGGAAAUUGGUAUCGAAGGUCAUGGCUAAAAGGGGUCAUUUUGUUUCCCCUCAACAAUGUGAGGAUAAGUUCAAUGAUCUGAACAAAAGGUACAAGAGACUGAAUGAGAUUCUUGGGAGGGGAACUUCUUGUGAGGUUGUUGAGAAUCCUACACUUUUGGAUUUGAUGGAUCACAUAUCAGAGAAAACAAAGGAGGAAGUUAGAAAAAUAUUGAGUUCUAAGCAUUUGCACUAUGAAGAGAUGUGUUCUUACCACAAUGGGAACCGUUUACAUCUUCCUCCUGAUCCUGACUUGCAACGUGCACUACGCUUGGCUCUUAGAAGUAGAGAUGAUCACGAUGACAAUGAUGUGAGGGGGCAUGGACAAGAUAACAAUUAUGAGGAUGAUCAAGAUGAUGAGCUAGAUGAGCAUGAGCGUGAUCAGUGUGAAGAAAAUCAUAAUUUUAAUGUUCAUCACAGGAUGUAUGUGGUGCCUGCAGGGGGCUCUGGAAAGAGGGCAAAACCAAAUGUUAACCUUGGCAAUUCCUUGAAUUCCCAAGAUUGUAGCAUGACUUUCAGUUUUCAGACACAAAAUGCUAAUGGAGAUGCAAUGCAAACAUUAUCUGAUGGUGUGAGGGGAAGUGCUUCACAGAAGAAGUGGUUGGAUCAUCGUACUCUUCAGCUUGAAGAACAUAAGCUACAUAUUCAGGUACAGAUGUUGGAAUUGGAGCAAGAGCGCCUCAAAUGGCAAAGAUUUAAUAGGAAAAAAGACCAUGAGUUGGAAAUGAUGAGGAUGGAAAACGGGAGGAUGAAACUUGAGAAUGAACGCAUGGCAAUGGAGUUGAAAUGGAAGAAGAUGCUUACAGACAAUAGUUAACCAAUCAACACUUCUAUCAGAAGGAGGACGACUUUGUCCAGCAGAUUUUCCUUUUUUCUUUUUACCUUCUGUGGAUGGUUCAGGGUCACAUCUUUUUGCUGAAUGCAUUCAGAGUAAAAAAGCUGUUAUUUAGCUGCUUUGUUUAUAGUGUUUAUUGGAGAUUUUUAUGUGUUGGAAACUGGAUUUCUCUUUCUUCCCAAGUUUGUGGUCUCCUGCUGUAAUUUUGGGAAUUUAUUAUUUAGCUUAAAAAUUUCUUGAGUCAACAUUUUUUUCUUCCUUUUAAUGCACCUUCUCUGAUCUAAUUAAUGCUAAUUGUUUUUGUGCUUUC